CAAACGUUCAAUCGCAUAUGUGGAACAUUGCUCUAGCAGUCCGGUUCCGGAGGACUUAAGAAAAAAGAAAAGUUAAUUAGUUCUUCCUCCUGCUUAUACUUCCAAGCCAUCAUCUUGUCAUACUCCCACCUCAUAAGUUUCGCGGCUACUUUCCAUUGACACACAAAACUAUAACCAACAAUGUCAGCCUCUGCAAGGGACAUCAAUCUGCCCACUUCCCCUACGGCCUCAUUCCAGUCUGCACCGUCCAGCAAUGGAGGGUCAGCUCUAGGCAAUCGCACCAUCCCUCUUGCUAACGCUAAACAUCUAAAGCCAUUUGCCACCGAGGAUAUCAAAGUAUUGCUUUUGGAAAAUGUCAACCAGACAGGCAGAGACAUUCUCACGAAACAGGGUUAUCAAGUGGAGUUCCUGAAAUCUUCACUCCCAGAAGACCAACUUAUUCAAAAAAUCCGAGAUGUACAUGUGAUCGGUAUUCGGUCCAAGACGAAACUGAGCGCUCGCGUUCUGAAGGAAGCCCGGAACCUCAUCGUCAUUGGCUGUUUCUGUAUCGGAACCAACCAGGUUGAUCUUCAAUACGCAGCAGAACACGGGAUUGCCGUCUUCAACUCUCCUUUCAGUAACUCGAGAAGUGUUGCUGAGCUGGUCAUUGCUGAGAUCAUUGUUCUUGCCCGUCAACUUGGGGAUCGUUCAAAUGAGAUGCACAAUGGCACUUGGAAUAAAGUGAGCAACAAAUGUUGGGAAAUCCGUGGGAAAACGCUCGGAAUCAUCGGUUACGGCCACAUUGGCGCUCAGCUUUCAGUUUUAGCCGAGGCCAUGGGGAUGUCAGUUAUUUUCUACGAUGUCGUGAACCUGAUGGCAUUGGGCACAGCCCAACAAGUGCCGACCCUCGAAGGACUCCUUUCACAAGCCGAUUUUAUCACUUGCCAUGUUCCUGAACUACCGGAAACUAAGAAUAUGAUUGGAGCUCAGCAGUUCGAGCAAAUGAAGACCGGCAGCUAUCUCAUCAAUGCCAGUCGCGGCAGUGUCGUCGAUAUUCCGGCACUCAUCCAUGCUAUGCGAUCUGGUAAAGUUGCAGGCGCCGCACUUGACGUCUACCCUAACGAGCCGGCUGGUAAUGGCGACUACUUCAACAAUGAGCUCAACACGUGGGGAACAGAUCUUCGUAGCCUGAAGAACUUGAUAUUGACCCCGCAUAUUGGAGGCAGCACGGAGGAAGCACAACGUGCAAUCGGCGUGGAGGUUGCGGAGGCUUUGGUGAGGUAUGUGAACGAAGGUACAACACUGGGCGCCGUCAACCUCCCCGAAGUUGCUCUUCGGUCUUUGACGAUGGAUGAAUCAAACCAUGCUCGGGUCAUUUUCAUCCACCAAAAUGUUCCUGGUGUACUGCGGAAAGUUAAUGAAAUCCUUGGGGAUCAUAACGUUGAUAAACAGAUGACUGACAGCAGAGGUGAUGUGGCCUAUUUGAUGGCUGAUAUCAGCGACGUCGACAACUCCACAAUCAAGGAUUUGUACGAGAGACUUGAAAGCUUGGGUUCUCGGAUCAUGACUCGCAUAUUAUACUAAAUCCGUUUAUUGCGAAAUUUAUCAGCGUACUUGUGGAGCUGAUAGAUAUCUCUAUUACGGUGUGUUUCUUAUUUCAACAUUAUCAACAUCACAUGACCGAAGGUGAAGAUUAUCAUAACUUUAUAACUUCUGCAGACCACCAGCUCGCAUUCACUUGGCACUUGGAAGCUACGACUUGAAGGCGGCUCGCCGUAGGUGAUUGUGGACUGAGCUUAGUUUCCUGCCCCUGCCAGUUUUGGCGAAAAUGUUCAACACGGCCUCACAAUUCUGUAUAUCACACUCGAAAAUCAUAAGGAAAG